UCGGGUCCUCCUAGAAAGAAGUUUCGCCUGUCCCUGUCAAGUCGCGGACGAGAAACUACUAUUGCUGUUCCACAGCCCCCUCAUACAUCUGUGAGAGGGGGCCUUCUGGAGAGAUCAGAUUGUUCAUUCAGUACAAGCAAAAUGUUGAAUGGCUAUCGAAAUCAACUGAGCAAUCACCAGGAUGGAAGUUACGACAUGCCUGGUACCAAUACAGAAGGAUUGAAGAUAGCCACUUUAUGUAAUCUAGGAAAUACCUGCUUCCUCAAUAGUGUGUUAUAUACUUUAAGAUUUGCACCUUCUUUCCUGCACAAUUUACAUCACCUAGCUACUGAUUUGUCUAAUCUAAAUGACAAACAACUCCAAACAAAAGCCAAAUCCUCUUCAUUAGGUAGAACUGGCGUAUCGCUAACAUCGAGCAGUAGUCGUAGCUGGAGCAGCAAAGAUCUAUUGGCCCUAGCUGGACCGACAGCAGAAGCCAACAAACCUCGUAUUCAAAUAGCUACUGAGAAAUUGCACGAGGUCUUCAUAGCAUUGCGAGCACUAGAGGCAAGAGAAAAUAGCGAGCCGUAUCAACCAGACGCCUUCUUACAAGCUCUUAGAGAGGUCAAUCCGAUAUUUGAGGGAAAUCAGCAACAGGAUGCUCACGAGCUUCUAGUCUGCUUACUUGAUAACAUCAGGGAGACCUUUCAGUUGUUGGUCAGACACAGAGAGAGUCAGUUUGGUCAGAGCAAUGGUGGCUUUCCCGACUUUACCAUGGAUCAUUCGACAGUGGACGCUCAGUCAGAGAGUAGCAGCAGUUCCGGAAAAAGGAGCAUUCGUAAAUCUAGAAAGAAAAAGAAGAUCACGAGCAGGGGAAGUUCGGUAUCUCUUGUACAGCCAAAUGCGAACGGUGUCGCGACGUCUGCAAGACCGUACGAGAAUGGUCAUGCGGAGUUCGCUGAGAGUAAUGGCGAGAUAGGAAUGCGCAAACCAGAGAGCAAGAAGUGCUUUAUCUCGGAGGAUUUUGAAGGAGUUAGCUUGUUGCGCACAACAUGUCUUGAAUGCGAACAUGUCACAGAACGGAAAGAAACAUUCUGCGAUAUAUGCGUGCCCAUCGACAUCGAUCGUUCGAAUGAAAAAGACGAUGAUGGUCGAUCAGUCGAUAGCAGCGAAGUUUACAAACGUGCUGUAGUGACAAGCGAGCUGCUUUGGGGCAGGGAUAAAUAUUGGUGCGCACGUUGCCUACGAUAUAACGAAGCUCGUCGAGCCGUAUGUUUUCCCUCCUUGCCGAGACUCCUUAUUUUACAAUUGAAGAGAUUUUCCACUGCUGCUGGUUCGAUGGAAAAGAUCAACAAUCACAUGCCGACGCCGCUCACCUUGCAAUGCUUCUGCGAGGAGUGCAGCAACGAUCAUGGGACAGGAGCCGGUAAUAUCGAGACACGGCACGUAUACAAACUAUAUUCUGUCAUAAUGCAUCAAGGCGCAACGAUGACUGCCGGGCAUUACGUCGCCUACGCGCGCCUGCCGGAUGAGUCCGCGUACGCGGAAUACUUCCAGUGCGAUCGCGACAGUAAGCGGCAGAAUCCUGGUCAGAGCGGUUCAGCGAGCACGAACUCGUCGUCGUCCUCCUCUUCCUCCUCCGACAAAGCAUCAGGCAUACUCAAAUGCAUAUUCAGAAGCAAGCCCAGCGCGAAUGAGAACAAAGAGCAGUUGGUGAACAGAGUCGGCUGUCGCAGUAUGGAUUGUUGCGGCAUCAGGCGCAACAAGCAGGGCGUCACCUGGCUGGAAUGCGACGACGAGGCGGUGCACGUAAUACCAUUGCGAGAACUCGAGGAUAAACUGGCGCCGAAUCCGCGAAACUCCGCCACCCCUUAUCUCCUGUUCUACGUGAGGUCGACGACGUAAGUUCUGCCCGCGUUAGAAGUAUUAUAUCAAAAUGUCUUCGUUUGGAAUAUCAAGCGAAGCAGCAGCAAGUACGAUGACAAAACGGGCCUCGUUCUUUCCACAUCCCUCUCCUUCCCCUCGCCUUCUCCGACAACCGCGCUGUGAUGUAUCGCACAUUCCAGACUUCCCGAGUUCUUCUUCCUGCGUACGUGCCGUAUCGGGCUUUAGACGCAUGUAAUUUUGUAGGGUAUAAACUGUCUACCGCCAAAAAAAAAA